AUGUUUGCACCUUUUCUUGUUGCUCAACCAUGCCUUGUCCAUUGGACUACUACUAUUGCAACCCUUCUCCUUAACCCUUCCUCCCCCCCUUUUUCCCCCUUCGCCUUCCCCCAUUCCCCCUCCCCCCACCCAUGCCCUUGUCAGUUUGCGGACGAUGGCAUGUUCCCAGACCCGCCAGAGAUGCAGGAGUUCGCCCAGGAGUUGGGCCCCAUGCUCGGCGCCUUCCCCUCCGCCUCCCUCGGUUCCGCCUCCCCCGGGUCAACCCUGCCGCUGCUGCGAGACGCUGAGAUGGUGGUGCAGGAGUGCAUGGAUCGGGUGCUGCUGAGCAGUCAAUGGGGGAGGAAACUAGCUGGUUUGGAGCCUUCUUUUACCGUCAUUGUGGAUUCGUUUGAACGAAGGGUGGAGGAGGCAGAGGCGGUGGUGGAUGCGGAGAUCAAGGCUUUCGUUAGCUCUGCCAUCACCAGCCUCCUGAAGAAAUGCGAUCUGCUGCCGCAACAGCUCUCCACCGCACCUCACAAGGGGAAAGCAGAGGACAAAGCGAAGGAAAGGGGAAUGGCAAAGGACGGCUUUUUAAAAAGCGAGAGGAAGGGGGAUUCAGAGCAGGCGCUGUCAGUGCAGCAGCAGCAACAGGAGCAGGUGCAGCAGAACCGGCAGCAGCAGCAGGUGAAGGAGGAAAGGGGUUUGUCAGAAGCUGGUUCUUCCCUCUCCACUCGUCCCGCUGCCAGCACUGCCAGCACCACACUCCCUGGUGAUACUGUCACGCCCACAGUCCCUGAUACGAUCACAUCCCAAACCACUGAUACUGUCACAUCCGCUCCUCCUGAUACUGUCACGUCUGCUCACAGCAGCACGGCCAUUGAUAACAGCACACCCUCUACUACCACUGUCAUUGCUGCUACAGCAGCACCACCCACAGCCUCUCCUGCUUCCGAAACACCGCUUACAGGCACACGCAGCACAGUCACAGCUGCUGGGGGAAAGGGGGGAAAGGUGAAGGGGAGGGGGAGUGGGAGCAAGGAGGGCAGCAAAGAGGGGCAUGCCCUGGAAGGGGAUUUACUGGCUGGCCUGCUGCGAUUGAUGGGGGAGGAUGGUGCGGCUGACCUGCUGUAUAAGGCAAUGGGAAUUGGUCGCACGAGCGGGGGUGGUGUUGGGGGAAAGGAAGGGGGUGGGAAUGGAAAGCGAAGGAUGGGAGAGGACGAGGCUUCUGAGCUGUUGGGUAAGGCUAUGGCCUUUUUAAACAGGGAUGGGGAUGAUGCUGGGAGGAAGAGUGGGGGUGAUGUUGGUGGAAAGUCUGGGAGUGAUGCUGGUGGGGAGAGUGGGAGUGUCACAGCGAAGAAUGGGAAUGAUAAAAGCACUGACAGUGUGGAUGAGGGAAAUGGGAAGAGUAAGGAUGAUAAGGCGCAGUCAUUUGGGAGCCAUGACGGGGGCGAUACUGGGUUGAGUGGUAUAGUUGGGAAGGAUAAGGCAUUGAUAGGAAGUGGUACGGGAGCGAAUAGCAGUGGAGGAAUGAGCCCUGUUGACAGCAGCAUCGAUAAAACCGCAACCAGCAGUCUUGGUUCCAAUGUCAGCAGUAGCAGCAGCAGCAUCAGCAGCAGCAGUGCCAGCAGCAGCAGCAGCACCGUCACAGCUAAUGUCUCGGAUAAUGCAGAUCUGAGUAUGAGAGAGGGGAUCAAAGGAGCGGUCGAGAAAAAGCAAGAGGACGUGAAGGAGAUAGCAGCUGAGGAGAAGCAUCUUGUGCAGAGAGGUUUAGGUUCGACUCCCAAGACUGCUGAUGAGGAUCCGGCACAGGAGAGCAUAAGGCAGGUGGUGAGUGCGAUACGGGGGAAGCUGGCUGCUGCUGUGGCUGAAGGGACACGUGGCAUGGCUGGAUUGGUGGAUUCUGCUAAGGAAGCGGUGGCAAGACUGGCCCGUCAAGAGGGACCUGUUGUGUUGCCUGAUGUUGAGGUGGCAGCAGCAGCAGCAGCAGCAACAGCAGCAGCAGCAGCAGCAGAGGCAGCCGCACAAGCAGCAGCAGAGGCAGCAUUAGCAGGAGUGAAAGAAGCCAUUGCAAUCGCAUCAAGGGACUUUGAGGAGACUGUUCGCAGGGGUGGUGUUCCGGACGCGAGUCGGGACCCACUGUUCAUUGCAGAUAUAGGGGAGGACAGGGAGGAAGCUGGGUGGGGAGAUAGAUCAGAAUUUGGCCUCAAGCAUGCUGGAUAA